GCAGGUUUUGCUGUUUUCUUGUUUAUGUGUUAAAUCACGAAACAUAAGUGUAAAAUUUUAACAAGAAUUGGCUUAAAAUGGCUGGGAAUUUUUGGCAAAGUUCUCACCACCAACAGUGGUUAUUGGACAAACAAGACCUUAUUAGAGAAAGGCAGCUUGAUUUAGCAGUACUUACUGAGGAAGAAUACCAGAAGAUAUUUAUAUUUUUUGCCAGUGUUAUUCAAAGUUUGGGAGAACAAUUAAAGCUAAGGCAACAAGUUAUAGCCACUGCUACAGUUUACUUUAAAAGGUUUUACGCUAGAAACUCCUUAAAAUGUAUAGAUCCCCUUCUAUUAGCACCUACAUGUAUAUUUUUGGCUUCUAAAGUAGAGGAGUUUGGAGUAAUUUCAAAUUCUAGAUUGAUAACUACAUGCCAAACAGUCAUUAAGAAUAAAUUUAGCUAUGCUUACACACAAGAGUUUCCUUACAGAACAAAUCACAUUUUGGAGUGUGAGUUCUAUUUACUUGAGAAUUUGGACUGUUGCCUUAUUGUAUAUCAACCAUACAGACCUCUUUUGCAAUUAGUUCAAGAUAUUGGACAUGAAGAACAACUUUUAACCCUCUCUUGGAGAAUUGUUAAUGAUUCUUUGAGAACUGACGUUUCCUUAUUAUACCCACCAUACCAGAUCGCAAUUGGGUGCCUUCAAAUCGCCUGUGUUAUCCUGCAGAAGGACCACAAAGCCUGGUUUGCAGAACUGAAUGUCGAUAUCGAGAAGAUACAGGAAAUUGCCAGGUAUAUUAUCAACUUGUUUGAAUUGUGGAAAACUUACGAUGAGAAGAAGGAAAUACAAGGACUGUUGAGUAAAAUGCCCAAACCAAAACCUGCUCCUCAAAGAUAGAUAUAUUUUUUGUUUAUUAUUAUGUGUUACGCUUAUAAUUUAGGUAUGUAUUUUAAUUUACUUUUGGAUCUGUUAAAUAA